AUGCGCUUUUUUCUCUCUGUCCUACUUGCCACAUCCUACGCACUGACAGCCGUUCUUGCGCACGCACCAAGCAAGACCCAGCGUCGCGACACUUGGUACCACGACGAAGACCAUCCUGUUCACGCCCUCUUCAGACGCGAUCCGGCCUCCCCAACCGCCUCGGCUGCGUACCCUUCUCAUUCGCCCGACCCAAGCAACCUUCCACAGGCGUGGAUCGAUGCGCUCAAUGCUGCCAUGGCUUCGGGAAAGAUCCCAGAUUUGCCUCAGUCUACCAUGAACCCUGGCCGUGACCCAACGUAUGGAAGUCUCGAUCCGAACAGCCCACAGGUAUGUUCGACGACGUACCAGUGUAAGAUCGACGGCGACAUAUGGGACGGUCCAAACGGCACCGUCGGCGCUGGCUUCGACGACGGACCGCUGCCUCCCUCAACAAAACUAUACAGUUUCCUCAAACAGAACAAUUUGCAUGCGACACAUUUCAUGAUUGGCUUGAACAUCGUGCAAUACCGGACCCAGUUUGACAUAGCCGUCAAUACGAAUGAGGACGACAUCGCCGUACACACCUGGACACACCCGUAUAUGACCACACUCAGUAACCUUCAGGUCCUCGGGGAGCUCGGAUGGACGAUGCAGAUCAUACACGACCUAACUGGUGGACGCGUUCCGCGAUUCUGGCGUCCACCGUAUGGAGAUUCGGACGUUCGUGUUCACGCCAUUGCCCUCGAGGUCUUCGGACUUACCACCAUCAUGUGGAACUACGACACCAACGAUUGGGCACUCGAGUCGGGUGGGACAAGCAUGGCCGCCAUCAAAAAGUCCCUCCAAAAGUGGUACGGCGGGAGCAAGAGCCCAGGGCUGAUCAUCCUCGAGCACGAACUCAGCGAUCAGAGCGUAGAGGCAUACAUCGACGCGUUCCCGCUCAUCGCACAAAAUGGCUGGGACGUCGAGAGUGUCGUGCGCCUCUUUGGUGGCGCUUACAAGAACACCAGCGGCGCCGACGCCGAGGUCGGCGGGAGUAUACUUGUUGCCGAGGUUGGUGGUACCAUAGGCGGCGAUGGCAGCGACGGUAACGCGGGCGGCGCCGGAAAUGCCGAUACCGCAGGCGCAGGUGGAGGCAACGACUCGACGCCAAAUGUUAUGGCCGCCAACGCUAGCCCCAACUCGCCGGGGAGCCACACGACUGAGCCCACUCAUACAUCGGGCACAUCAAAUGCGCCCACGUCCCCGAACGCGCAGAAGAGCAGUUCGGCGCCAUGGUAUGGCACAGGGAUAGUCCCUUGGAUCAUGUCACUGGUUGGCUUGGUCUUCGCUGGACUCACGUUCUGA